AAAGGAUUAGUGGAAGCGAAGUUUAGCAAGAGAGACGUUUCCUGUUAACUACCGUCUUCGCUUUUCUCGUCCACUUCCUGUCGCUGUCGUGUGACUUUUGUCACGGCUGUCAGAACGGGGCGGAGACGUGAACUAUCUUGUCGGUGUGCUAUCUUUGUCGGAACAGCUGGGUGGACCUCCGUCUAAGCGCUGCCUCAAUGGCAUUUUCUGUGGGGAUGGCCGUCGGACUGUGAGACGGGCUGCCUGCUGUUUUAAGUGUCUAUUUUCCCCGCCGUGCCAUGGACUUUAACGUUAAGCGGUUGGCCGCAGACGCCGGAACUUUCCUGAGCCGCGCGGUACAGUUCACAGAGGAGAAGCUUGGCCAGGCUGAGAAGACAGAGUUGGACGCCCAUUUGGAGAACCUUUUGGUCAGAGCUGAGAACACCAAGCAAUGGACAGAGAGGAUCAUGAAGCAGACAGAAGUCCUACUGCAGCCCAACCCGAAUGUCCGGCUCGAAGAAUUUGUGUAUGAGAAGCUGGAGAAAAAAGCCCCCACGCGAAUGAACAACCAUGAGCUGCUGGGCCAGUCCAUGAUCGACUCGGGAAAUGAAUUUGGUCCCGGAACUGCCUAUGGAAAUGCUCUGAUAAAAUGUGGUGAGACGGAGAAACAGAUCGGUGGGGCAGAGCGGGAGUUCAUCCAAAGUGCCGCCAUCAACUUCCUGACACCUUUCCGAAACUUUCUAGAGGGCGACUUCAAAACCAUCCUGAAAGAAAGAAAGCUACUGCAGGUCAAACGCCUGGAUCUGGACGCAGCCAAAACCAGGUUAAAGAAAGCCAGGAUGGCUGACGCAAGAGCUGCGGCAGAGCAGGAGUUGAGGAUGACCCAGAGUGAGUUCGACCGGCAGGCUGAGAUCACCCGCCUGCUCCUGGAAGGCGUCAGCAGCACCCACGCACACCACCUCCGCUGCUUGAGUGACUUCGUGGAGGCCCAGACUACGUACUACGCACAGUGUUACCAAUACAUGGUGGAUCUCCAGAAGCAGCUGGGCAGUUUCCCCUCCUCAUUCUCCAACAACAACCAGUCGUCAGUGUCGGGCGGGGCCAGCAUCUCGGUGCCCACCAUCCCGGUGUCAGCCUCUCUGCCCAGCGUGUCCGCGGGCCGCGGCAGCUCGGGCGGAUUCAGCGAAUUGCGCAGCUCCAACGGCAGCCGCAAAGCCCGAGUCCUUUACGACUACGACGCUGCCAGCAGCAGCGAGCUUUCCCUGCUGGCUGAUGAGGUGAUCGCAGUCAGCAGCGUCCCAGGCAUGGAUUCGGACUGGCUGAUGGGCGAGCGAGGCAACCAGAAGGGCAAAGUGCCCAUCACCUACCUGGAGCUGCUUAACUGAGCCCACUGUAACCAGCUGUGAUCCCAUAUUUAUACUGCGUUGCAGGGACCGGCCUCACUUUCUUCUCCAUGUCAGUCAUUUUAGAACGAGUUUUAUUUGUAUGAAAAGAAGAUGGAGUCUCAGUUUUAGAGGACUGGAGCUGGAAUGAAUAAAUCUGAGUGAAGGAAAGGAGAUGGACCCAUUCCCUGAUCUGUUUGUAUGCAGCUGCAGUACAUUUCUAAAACCUGCUUCCAUGCCUUUGUGUUUGAUGCCAUACAAUCUGCAAUAUGUGCCAGAACAUCUCCCAAACUGUAACCUGUUUUUUAAAGAUUGUUUUGUUUACAAUAUAUAUCUCAGACGGUGACCUAAACGCUUAUGAUGCAAGGGUUUUUUUUCUCUUCCCUCUCUGCCGAUUCGAGUUUUUGCGAGUAGUGAUACAGUAGAUACGUUGCUUCGAUGGCAGAAAUGCACUUCAGUUUGAAGUGGAGCGUGAUGCUGAUUAUCCUCCAGUCUUAUUUUAUAAUUAUCAUCUUAUGGUUAUCCUACGUAUGAAUAGCGUUUUGGUUUUUUGUUUUCCAUUUUUUUUAACAGUAUCAUAUGUGUUGUGUGUCAGCUUUAUUCACAUGGAGUUAAGCGCAUCGCUCCAGUGCUUUUGGUUGAAGUUGCAGCCACCCAGCAGUUCUGAAACUCACACGCUAAACAUAUUCAAGUGCCCAUCACAGUGAAUCGGCUUUUCUCAAAGCGUUUGCCUUUUCGCAGCUACACCAGCAGUAUUGAGACCGUCAGUCCAGUCUCCCCUUUGUGUUGAACCCUGAUAUUUUGACUUAACUUAUUGACAAUUGGAAACAUUUCUAUUAUCACUGAUUACAUUAUUAAUUUAUGUAUUGUACAUAAAUACACAAUUUGUGACACAUUUAGUGCCUCUGGUUUUGGUCGACUCGGUGUUAACUGUAAAGGAAGAAAACGCCUUGAAGUAAAGACUUGUACCUUUUUUCUUUUUUUUUUGACAUUGCUGUCUUCAUCAUAACAUAAUUUCAGCAAUUUCCCCUAAACCUGCAUUUCAGGUCCACAUUGAAAUUAAGUCCUGUUACAUUCUGGGAGAUUUGAGUAUAUUACAGCUGCACAGCUGCUUUUUUGAUUUGUGUGUAACUGGUAAGAUAGCGUACAGUUGUAAAAUAAAUAUGCAAUGUGGUGCAUUAAAAUAAAAAAGUAUAUCAGCCACAGA